UAAAGGGACAUUGACCUUAUUUUCAACAUGAUAACGACCAAGAAUGCAAAACAAUGCUACGGGUGUAAUUGAAGUCAAUAACGGCUCUGUUUCACGUAGUGUGAUAUCAGGUGUAACUACGACAUUAUCUGUGACAACGACAGCACGUUCACCUUUCCCGCCAGACUUCUACGAUCCUCCUUAUCAGAAAUAUGACGAGGAAGGAACGAUCCACUUGGUGGCAGUGGUGUCCAGCAUUAUCGUAUUUAUAGGACUCAUAUUUACCAUCAAAUCUAUCAUUGGUUUCAUCAGAUCUCCUCGCAGACUCAACCAGAACUCUAGCAAUGAUGUUCGGCCAGGUCCCUCCUUCCUUCGUUGGCUCGCUGAUGAUCCUCCCCCAUAUCCGGGAAAAUAUUCCCGGACGAACGUAAACUACCUCCCAUCCUAUGAAUCCGCACUAGAAAUUGAGAGAGAACGCCAACGAGCACGUGAAGCGGAGAAUAACAGUACGAGGGAUGCUAUACAAAGAGCACUUGAGUCUGCGGAAGAGGCUAGCACUAGUGGUAGUGAUGCGGUGCCUAGCACUAGUGGCAGUGACGCGGUGGUGUUUACGGUGGCAGGGGACAGUGAAACGUCUUUGGAUAACCGUUUGAAUGCAGACGGUGAUAUACAAGGGGCUAUUGGGGGCUCCUUUACGGGUCCUGCAGUGGAAAACCACAUAGAGACAGAGACCGACCUGGAGGUCCAAAGUUAUCAUUCUCAGACUUUUCUGUGAUAUAGAAUUUACUUCCAUAUUUAAUUUUAUAAGGUGUUUAUUCCAACAUAUUUUAUUCAGUCAUGAUAAUGUUUGAAUAUUGGUAUUGCGUUUCCGAAUCAUGAAGUGAUGAGACAUAAACAACACAACACACAGGUUUGAGACCCAAUCGUAACUGCUCGGCUCUUUCCGUAAUUGGUUACGGAAAAGGACGAGUGUUAUCCGAUUGGUUUGACACCGUCCAUGUAUUUCAUACACUCGAUGGAAACCUAAUAUUUAGAGUAAAACUUGUUUCAAAUGAAUAACACUCUAUAUAAUUUUAUGGCUAAGUUGCUAUACAGAUACAAACCUGUAUGUGUUUUCUCAGCAUUAUUCAUCCUUAGUCUGGGUCUUACAGAGAUAUAUGCAAUACAAACUUUGUCAUAAUAUUUCUUCAUUUUUGAUUGUCCAACAAAAUCAUAAUAUUUUGUAUUUGGUUUCAUCUACCGUUAUAUAUCGGGUGCAAAUGGUACCCAGAUGUUUAUACACUUAAUACAUGCAAUAUUACGAAUGUUAUACCGGUGUAUGGGAAAUCCAUUAUAAGACAAUCUAUUAUCAGCAUGCUUGGAUUGAACGUAUUCUAUAUUGCAAUAAUUCUUGAAAAAGCCAAUUGUUUCAAAUUCUGUUGUAUUUGAAUUGAUUAUUCUAGUGACUUAAUUAUCAAGAACCAUGGAGAUAACAUAUGAUUUAUAGAAGCAUAUAUUUGAUAUUAAAGCCUAAUUCAAAUAAUUUAUACUGCAUAUUCAUGAAACAUGUAGUGCAUCUUUUUUUAUUUAAUUGUACGUUAAGUUUUUUUUAUAUGAAGAUAAUAAAGUGCUGUGCUAGGAGUU